UUAAGUAUCCCUAGUCAAAAUAUAAGUGAAAGUUCCUUGCCUAUAGUUAGUACCUAUUCACCACCAUUUUCAGCUACUAUAAAGUUAUUAGAGGAAGAAAGGAAUUUUGAAACUACUACCACCAACCCUUUUAUCUCAGAUACACUUGAACUAUUUGAGUUAACCUUACUAUAUCCUUCUUCAUCAUAUUUUUCCUCUAGUCAAUCAAGUACAGUUCCAACACAAGUAGACCCUGAUACUUAG